GCGCUCCGCCUCCCAGUCUUGACGCCAGGACAGAGGAGUCGGGAGAGUGGGGGAAACAGGCAUUGGUGGAAAAAAGUCGAAAAUUAAAAAACAGCUUAUUGUCGGACUGCUUUAAAUAGAGAAAAAAAUAAUAAGGAAGCGACCAGCCUGCCUCAAUUAUUCAAAGGUUCCACACUAGACCUUAACCCAGGUGCUGGCCACCACAUCAUAUGGACUAAACCAGAGACUCAGAACGAGAGGGAGAAGAGGAGAGAAUAGACAGCAGCACCAUGACCUCUAUGUCCAGCCUGUUCUCCUUCACCAGUCCAGCUGUGAAGCGUCUGCUGGGGUGGAAGCAGGGGGACGAGGAGGAGAAAUGGGCUGAGAAGGCUGUUGACGCCCUGGUCAAGAAACUGAAGAAGAAGAAGGGAGCCAUGGAGGACCUGGAGAAAGCCCUCAGCAGCCCAGGACAGCCCAGUAAGUGUGUGACCAUCCCUCGGUCUCUGGACGGUCGUCUCCAGGUGUCCCACAGGAAAGGCUUACCCCAUGUUAUCUACUGUAGGGUGUGGAGGUGGCCUGACCUGCAGUCUCAUCAUGAGCUCAAGGCUCUGGAGUGCUGUGAGUACCCGUUUGGCUCCAAGCAGAAGGAGGUCUGCAUUAACCCCUACCACUACAAGAGAGUAGAGAGCCCAGUGCUACCUCCGGUGUUGGUGCCUCGCCACAGUGAGUUCAACCCCCAACACAGCCUCCUGGUCCAGUUCAGGAACAUGACUCACAACGAGCCCCACAUGCCCGUGAACGCCACCUUCCCAGAGUCCUUCCAGCAGCACAGCGGGGGCAGCGUCACCUCCUUCCCAAUCUCCCCCAACUCCCCUUACCCUCCCUCCCCAGCCUCCAGCGGAGGGGUGGGCACCUACCCCAACUCUCCUGCCAGCUCCGGACCCUCCAGCCCUUUCCAGCUUCCAGGUAGAUCUGAUACCCCACCCCCGGCUUACAUGCCCCCCGARGAGCAGAUGGGACAGGAGGGGUCCAUGGAGACCAGCAGCAGCGGCCCCAGGAACAUGCCUAGUGGGGAUGUGCAGCCAGUGGAGUAUGAGGAACCUAGCCACUGGUGCAGUAUUGUGUACUAUGAGUUGAACAACAGAGUGGGUGAGGCCUACCAUGCCUCUUCUACCAGCGUUCUGGUGGACGGCUUCACCGACCCCUCCAACAACAAGAACCGCUUCUGCCUGGGGUUGCUCUCCAACGUCAACCGCAACUCGACCAUAGAGAACACGCGCCGCCACAUCGGCAAAGGGGUCCACCUGUACUAUGUAGGAGGUGAGGUGUAUGCAGAGUGUCUGAGUGACACCAGUAUCUUCGUUCAGAGUCGUAACUGUAACUACCACCAUGGUUUCCACCCCACAACGGUGUGUAAGAUCCCUAGUGGCUGCAGUCUGAAGAUCUUUAACAACCAGGAAUUUGCUCAGCUACUGGCCCAGUCUGUGAACCAUGGCUUUGAGGCUGUCUACGAACUGACCAAGAUGUGCACCAUCCGCAUGAGCUUUGUAAAGGGCUGGGGAGCUGAGUAUCACCGACAAGAUGUCACCAGUACCCCCUGUUGGAUAGAAGUUCAUCUUCACGGCCCUCUGCAGUGGCUGGAUAAAGUGCUGACACAGAUGGGCUCUCCUCUCAACCCCAUCUCUUCAGUGUCCUAAUGGUGGCCCCUGUCAGAUCAGACUCUCAACCCCAUCUCUUCAGUGUCCUAAUGGUUACCCCCCCACCCCACAGACCAGACUCUCAACCCCAUCUCUUCAGUGUCCUAAUGGUGGCCCCUGUCAGAUCAGACUCUCAACCCCCAUCUCUUCAGUGUCCUAAUGGUUACCCCCCCACCCCACAGACCAGACUCUCAACCCCAUCUCUUCAGUGUCCUAAUGGUUACCCCCCCACCCCACAGACCAGACUCUCAACCCCCAUCUCUUCAGUGUCCUAAAGGCGGCCCGCCAGGCUGGGAGAUUCUUUCACAUUUUUUUUUCCCCAAACGUAACUUUAUAAUUGUUUUGCAUUGUUUAAUGAGCAAAAGCAGGUCUUCAAAGGCUGAACUGUUUCCACUAUCUGACAGCAGAAGGGAUUUUGAACCCAGAGCAGCAGAAUUAUGUUGAGAAAGAGCAGAAGAUAGACGUGAAACCGACAGAAGAAUAUUCAGAGUAGCGGCACAAAAUAUUGGACAAACUACUGCUCUGAGUCAUCACUACCAACCAUGUGCUUCUUCUAUUGAGAGUAGUAGGACUGGAAAGCAUGUACCUUAAAUGUUUCUGAUUUUGCAUAACAAAUGUUUCAAUGUUUGGUAAUGAUUUUCUUUCUGUAUGUUUCAGUUAAAAGAAAAUGAUGUAUCACUACUCUGCCUUUACCACAGUCAAACUACUUGUGAUUUUACUCUGAUAACUUUCCUUUCUUGCCAUCUUAAGGUAUAGAUAUCAUUAUGUUCACUAUUAGACCCAGAUCUCAUAACAAAAUGUUAACUUUUUAUAGUUUCUAUCGCUAGAAAAAAAACACUGAUUUACUGCCUUAAAUAAAGUAUGUCUAACUAAUAAAUAUGA